GAAGGCCUUUAUCAACUGCAACGUCAUUGGCGCCUCCAAUGUCCACACCUCGACGUGCGAGCAUUUCUGCAGAUAAAGACUGUCCCAAGUGCCGUACCCGUCGCAUCAAAUGCGACAGAUCGGUCCCAGCAUGCCGGAAAUGCACCACACGAGGAUUUCCAUGUCCGGGAUACGGUCUCAUCCUCCGAUGGGGCCAAGGAGUGGCUAGCAGAGGUAGACUGGCGGGCAGGCAGCUACCUCUACCAUGCUCCCCGACUAUUGCCCACUACCCUGAUGCUGUAACUUCCGAACUUAUGUAUCACUACCAUCAGAUUGUGUCUGCCAAGCUGGCUUGGGUGGAUGGCCCGACGAACCCCUGGAGACAGGUCAUCAUUCCACUGGCGGGGGCAUCAUCGACUGUCCUUCAUGCCAUGCUUGCACUUUCGUCGGAAGAUCUUGCUGCGCGUUACCCGAACGACCAUCCGCGUCGCCAGCAGCUGCAGGUCGUCUCUGUAUGCCGCCGGGAUCAGGCCUUGGCUUCGGUGGCUCAGCUUCUUUGCCACAUGAGGCAGGAAGGCUCUUCCUCCAAUCAGGCCCAGUGCGCACUGGCCGCCACGCUCAUCCUCUAUAACGUCGAACUCCUCGGCGCUGCAUCGGCUAAGUGGCGGAUGCACUUGGAGGCCGCACGUGUAAUCCGCCGAUGGAAAGAACACACACUGAUGGACGCCGGAGGCACGGACGAAAUCGAUGCCUUUUUAGUCUACGAGCAGUACUACGCCAGUGUUUUUGCUAGCCUCACCACUUUCGAUGCCCUUGGGGAGUACGAGGCAAUUCCGCUGACUGAUUCGAAUGCUAUAUUUAGCGACUUUGUCGACAUAAUCAGUCGAACGACACAUGUGGAGUGCUUGCAAUCUAGUGAUGACUAUGGGAUGGAUUUUUCAUUGCUUGACACGAUGAUAGGAGAUUUGGAAGCCGCCAAGGCCCGCAUGCUGGAGUUCAGCCUUAUACUUUGCUGGCAAACCGACCAGGCCUGUCUCAGUUUCCAGCACCUGGUGGGGAUCUUUUACUACGCCGGUCUAAUUUAUGUCCACCACUCUUGGAGACAUUCCAUCUUUAUCCAUCUCGCCCUUCUCGUUGACAAGCACUCAUUCGCUCAUGACCUUAAACAGGAAGUGGUUGCACACGAGAUUGAACUGGUUAUGGAGGUCAGCGGCACAUUGGACCGACGAAAUGUCUUUUCCUUCUUGAAGUGGUUCUGGGCCUUGCCAGAAAGUGACCUCACGUGGAUCCAGUUCAUGAGGCUGGCACCGGAGCGACGUAUGCUUAUUCUUUAA